GACACCCCGCCACCUGGCCAGGGGCCUGCAUAUAGGCGGCACACGCUAGCCUGAUACAGAAACCACGAAGGGACCCCUGCAAGGGUGGUGUAGCCGCGCUGGUCGCAGGAUAUGAGGGAGACAGGUGGGGUGAGGCCAUCCGGGAACAAGGCAGGUCAGGUCUGGGCACCUGAAGGAUCCACAGCUUUCAAGUGUCUAAUCUCAGCUCGGUUCUGCGCUGCCCUCUUGAGUAACAUCUCAGAUUGUGAUGAGACUUUUAACUACUGGGAACCGAUGCACUACCUCGUCUAUGGGAAAGGGUUCCAGACGUGGGAAUACUCUCCAGUCUAUGCCAUUCGCUCCUAUGCUUACCUGUGGCUUCAUGCCUUGCCAGCCUUAUUCCAUGUUAGAGUUCUACGGACAAAUAAGGUUCUCGUCUUUUAUUUCCUGCGAUGUCUCUUGGCCUUCUUGAGUUGCAUUUGUGAGCUUUACUUUUAUAAGGCCGUGUGUAAGAAAUUUGGGCUGCAUGUGAGCCGGCUGAUGUUGGCCUUCUUAGUUCUCAGCACUGGGAUGUUUUGCUCAGCUGCAGCCUUCCUCCCCAGCAGUUUCUGUAUGUACACCACAGUGGUUGCCAUGACGGGCUGGUAUAUGGAUAAGACCUCAAUAGCCGUGCUGGGCGUGGCAGCUGGAGCCAUCGUGGGUUGGCCUUUCAGUGCAGCUCUUGGGCUACCUAUUGCCGUUGACUUGCUGAUAAUAAAGCGGAGGUGGAGGAGCUUCGUGAACUGGUGUCUGGUGGCCCUGAUCCUAUUUUUGGUUCCCCUUGUGAUUGUUGACAGCUACUACUAUGGGAAGCUGGUAAUCACUCCUCUCAACAUUGUUUUAUACAAUGUCUUCACACCUCACGGACCCGAUCUUUACGGUACUGAGCCCUGGUCCUUCUAUUUUAUUAAUGGUUUCCUGAACUUCAAUGUGGCGUUUGCUUUGGCCCUGCUUGCCCUGCCGCUGACCUCCCUCAUGGAAUGUCUGCUACAGAAAUUUCAUGUCCAGAAUCUGGGUCGCCCAUAUUGGCUUACGCUAGCUCCUAUGUACAUCUGGAUCCUGAUUUUCUUCAGUCAACCCCACAAAGAGGAGAGGUUUCUGUUUCCCAUAUAUCCUCUCAUCUGUCUCUGUGGAGCUGUGGCUCUCUCUGCCCUGCAGAAAUGUUACCACUUCGCAUUCCAGCGUUACCGCUUGGAGCACUACACAGUCUCCUCCAACUGGCUGGCUCUGGGGACGGUUUUUCUCUUCGGACUCUUGUCACUCUCGCGUUCUGUGGCUUUAUUCAAAGGCUACCAUGGGCCUCUGGACCUGUAUCCAGAAUUUCAUAGGAUUGCCACUGAUCCGACUAUUCACACAGUGCCAGAGGGGAGGCCAGUUAAUGUCUGUGUGGGGAAGGAGUGGUACCGAUUUCCGAGCAGCUUUCUCCUGCCAGAUAAUUGGCAGCUCCAGUUCAUCCCAUCAGAGUUCAGGGGCCAGUUACCGAAACCGUUUGCCAAGGGACCCAUGGCCACACGGCGCAUUCCUGCAGACAUGAAUGACCAAAACAGGGAAGAGCCAUCCAGAUAUAUUGACAUUUCCAAAUGCCAUUACCUGGUGGAUUUAGAUCGAGCGAUUGAAACAUCAAGGGAGCCGAGAUACUCCGCCAACAAAGAAGAAUGGGUCAGCAUUGCCUACAAACCAUUCCUGGAUACUUCCAGGUCUUCAAAGCUGCUGCGUGCUUUUUAUGUCCCUUUCCUGUCCGAGCGGCAUACGUCGUAUGCAAACUACACCAUCCUUAAACCCCGGAAGUCAAAGCAAGCCAGGAAAAAACCAGGAGGUUAGCAACACACCUGCGGACCAAAAAGGAUCAACCAAUGUUGUUGGCCAGCUGCUUAAACCUUCCUAGAAAAAAAAAUGCUUGUAAGAUUCACUAAUAAAGGUUUCCCACCCAGUGAUUUCACACUGCAAGCCUCCAGCUGUAAAGAGUAUAUCAUCUGCUCUCAGUUCUGUUAGUCUCUGCUCUGCCUCUGCAGCUCAUUUCCAGAACGUAUUGGUAAGAAACAGUUUGAAAAUUCAGCAGCUGCCUACAAAUAUAUUAUCCCCGUUGCUCCCUGCAUUAUUAUUUAUUAGACUAGAGAAGAGCAAAACUAAAUAACAAGAAAUGACUAUGUUAGACUGUGCGCCAGGAUACUGCCUGGCACCAGGAAAAUUCAAAGCCUCUCUCUCAGUAUUCCUCAUCUGCUAAAUAGCUGCUUGCCUACUCCUAGGAACCAUUAUUUGCAGAUAGCAGCAUUUAAAAGAAACCCAAAAAACCAGCAGCACAGCAGAGACAAUGACUCUCUGAAAUGUUGAGAAUAUCAGCAAACAGGACAGUCCAUACCAUAGAGAAAAAUCCCUGGGAUCACCCUGUCCAGGAGAUACUUUCCAAGGAGAAACAUGCACUUUCAAACAAACUGUGAAUUUUGUUAGUUAUCUGUUUUAAUGGGAUGUUAUUUCAUUUGCGUUGAGUUCUGUUUUCCUUGUUACGAUCCUAGAUAUUGUGAAAACACAGGGGCUUUGUUUAAGUGUGUGUGUGUGUGU